CAGUCUGAGUCUACUUCCGGGAUUUUGAGGUGGCUAGUGUUGCUGUUAUUAGGAAGCACGGUUUGACUGUUGUUGUAGAGGUUGUUUUGUUUUUUUAAGUGUUAAAAUGAACCGCAUUUUCGGCAGAGGAAAACCCAAAGGACCACCGCCCAACCUUACGGACUGUAUAGGAAACGUUGAUUCUCGGGCCGAGUCCAUCGAUAAGAAGAUAUCCAGACUUGAUGCUGAACUCAUGAAAUAUAAAGAUCAGAUGAAGAAAAUGAGAGAUGGUCCAUCAAAGAACAUGGUGAAGCAGAAAGCCAUGCGGGUCCUUAAACAGAAAAGAAUGUAUGAAGGACAGAGAGAUCAGCUGAUGCAGCAGUCAUUUAACAUGGAGCAGGCCAACUACACCAUUCAGACACUUAAAGACACCAAAACAACUGUGGACGCUAUGAAGAUUGGAGCCAAAGAAAUGAAGAAGGCUUACAAGAACGUGAAGAUUGAUCAGAUUGAGGAUCUUCAAGACCAGUUGGAGGACAUGAUGGAGGAUGCUAACGAAGUACAGGAGGCUAUGAGCCGCAGCUACGGAACGCCAGAUAUCGAUGAAGACGAUCUAGAAGCAGAGUUGGAUGCACUCGGCGAUGAGCUGCUUUUGGAUGAUGACAGCUCUUACCUUGACGAGGCCUCGUCAGCUCCAGCUAUACCAGAAGGCACUCCAGGAGAGAGGAGCACCAACCGGGAUGGAGUUCUGGUCGAUGAAUUUGGACUUCCUCAGAUUCCAGCAACAUAAAAACACGAUGAACACAUUUUAUCUCCUUUAAACUUAUGCAUCUGACAUGUAAAACACUGCGAUCCUUGCAUUUACAGUUUUCUAUGAAGCAGGUUCAUAUAAGAUCAAGUGCUCUGGGGUUAAGGAUUAAAAAAUAUUCACAAUUGUAAACACAGCCAGUCUUUAUCUAGCUCUCUGCUUCUUUUCUUGUUUCAUAAGGAAUGUAGUCACUUUAACUAAUUGUCAGGAAUAAUCAUUAAGUUGAUUUACUUUAGAUCAUCAUAUAUAAUAUACACACACAUACACACAAUUCUUUGUAUUUUGUUUCUAAAGAAAGUACCUCAUUGGCUUUGUACAGCAACAAUGGGUUGCCAACUACCGACAAAUAAAUUAUUCUAUAUUUGGCAAUGUGGGUACAGGCUUUGAUUGCCUUAAGAAGGUGCUGCAUUUCAUUAUUAUCAGUGCACUACACUUGACUUGGAUGACAAACCGAUGCAUAUUUGAUUACCUGAAACGGACCGUUUACUCUCAGUUUAAUGGAAUUAAACGUUAUGGAAGCAAAUUGUUCCACAUAUGUAAAUGGGUGUGAUAUUACAACUGAAUGUAUAUUGCCUUUUAUUUGAUAAAUGACAACAUUUUAAAAGCA